UGUUAAAUUUUCUGGUAAGGCGGAGGUCUUGUUCACUUGCUAAUGUAGAACAGCUGUCGGGUGUGCUGAUAACAGGAUGCUGGUGAUUCGUCAUUUUAAAAGUCACGGCUACUCCGAAGAAGAGGUAACACCAAACUGAGCUAGGUUGCACCGCACCUACGCUUUUCAUCCAACAAAAGUCAUCUUGGAGACGAGAUGACCGAUGGUCCUAGGCUGCGGGGCAAUGCAUCGGCAGAUGGGGAUACGCUUUCCUCCGAAUCCACUGAAGAGGGCUCCGGAAGAGUGGCCCUGAAGAAGGAGAUUGGCCUUGUCAGCGCAUGUGGAAUUAUUGUGGGUAACAUCAUCGGUUCAGGGAUCUUUGUGAGCCCAAAGGGUGUUCUGGAGAAUGCGAGCUCUGUGGGGCUGGCUCUCAUCGUGUGGAUUGUCACUGGAGUGAUCACAGCCAUUGGCGCACUCUGCUAUGCCGAGCUGGGCGUUACCAUCCCCAAGUCUGGAGGAGACUACUCAUACGUCAAGGACAUAUUUGGAGGACUUGCUGGGUUCCUGCGUCUGUGGAUCGCGGUAUUGGUGAUCUACCCCACCAACCAAGCGGUCAUCGCCCUCACCUUCUCCAACUAUGUCCUGCAGCCCCUAUUUCCCUCCUGCUUCCCCCCAGAGAAUGGCCUCCGCCUGUUGGCUGCUGUCUGUCUAUUGUUGCUGACGUGGGUGAACUGCUCCAGUGUGCGCUGGGCCACUCGUGUUCAGGAUGUCUUCACUACUGGGAAGCUGCUAGCCCUGGGUCUUAUCAUCAUCAUGGGCUUUGUGCAGAUCUGCAAAGGGGAGUAUUACUGGCUGGAGCCUGCGCAUGCAUUUGAGACGUUCCAGCCCUAUGACAUUGGCCAGAUAGCCCUGUCCUUCCUGCAAGGCUCCUUUGCCUACGGGGGAUGGAACUUCCUCAACUAUGUCACAGAGGAGCUUGUCGACCCCUACAAGAACCUUCCUCGGGCCAUCUUCAUCUCCAUCCCUCUGGUGACUUUUGUUUAUGUGUUCGCCAACAUCGCCUAUGUCACCGCCAUGAGUCCUCAGGAGCUGCUGGCCUCCAAUGCCGUCGCUGUGACAUUUGGUGAGAAGUUACUUGGAGUGAUGUCAUGGAUCAUGCCCAUCUCUGUCGCACUGUCUACUUUUGGGGGGGUCAAUGGCUCCCUCUUCACUUCGUCGAGGCUGUUUUUUGCUGGCGCAAGGGAAGGCCAUCUCCCCCGGCUACUGGCAAUGAUUCAUGUGAAACGCUGUACCCCAAUCCCAGCCCUACUAUUCACCUGUAUAUCCACCCUACUGAUGCUGUGCACCAGUGACAUGUAUACCCUCAUCAACUAUGUGGGCUUCAUAAACUACCUCUUCUAUGGGGUCACCGUCGCUGGGCAGAUUGUGCUGCGCAUCAAACAGCCAGACCUAUAUCGGCCUAUCAAGGUGAGCCUGGUGUGGCCAGUGAUCUACCUGUUGUUCUGGGCCUUCCUGCUCCUUUUCUCGCUGUACUCUGAGCCUGUGGUGUGUGGCCUCGGCAUGGCUAUCAUGCUGACUGGAGUCCCUGUCUACUUCCUGGGGGUCUUCUGGGACAACAAGCCCCAAUGCUUCAACACCUUCAUCGGUAAGAUGACCCAUGUGUGCCAAAAGUUCUGUGUGGUGGUGUACCCAGACAUGGGCGAAAGCAAGAAUGUAGGAAACCAGGGAACGGAAUAGGGACAGAAAGAUCUAGUGGAUGUGUUCAUCUGAAUGGACAUUGGCACAGACAGUCACUCCUAAAAGGGUGUUGAGAGAGACUGAGAGAUAUCAAAAGAUGGACGGAUGCACUCAAGGAGAUAUGCUACAGCACUUGGUUUUCUCUUGUAAAUGUUGACUGGCCUUAAAAAAUUACACAUCUGCCUCAAUGCAAUUACUACUGCCCAUUCCCAUGAGUCUGAGCUGCAAUAUCAAUAUAUUGGACAGAUAAGUAAUGUUGAUGUUCAGAUGUAAAGAUAAUUUUCUGUAGGAUCUGUUUUGGGGAAUGUUGUACUGUAUUGUCUUUUAUUUAUAUUUUGGUAUUGGUUUAAUUUCUGUUUUGGUUGUGGCAAAGUUGAAUAGUGAUCUUAAUGUAUAGUCUUCCACAUAACACUAAACAAACUGUCAUUCCCUAAAUGUUUGUUUACUGCAUUUAAUUUAUCACCCCUUUUCAUUGUUUUGUUAUUGUUGUACAUGAGUGUAAGUCUUCUGGAGACUGCUCUUCAAUGAACUAGAGGGUAGGUGUACUCCUGAACGAUUAGAUCCUUUUACGUGAUAAAGCCACUUCAAAGUCACGUUAUACCACUCACAUAACUUGAUAUGUAGAUCUUCAAGAUUAGAUUUUUAAUUCUUGCAAAAGAACUAGCAUGACCCAUACACUGAAUGUAAUAAUUAUGUAAACAAAUGAUUAAUAAUCAUAGAAAUGCUGCAUAGAAAAUAUAUAAUUUACAUUAAGUUUUGCUCAAAGGGGCAAACCUCAUCUGUGUAUGAUUGUCAAUAAUAAUGCAACGUAUUCCCUUAUAAAGCCAGUCACAGGUCUUUUUGUUUGGUGAUACA